AUGGUUGAUCUCGAAUUUGGAUUGUCAGUAUACAAUGAACAACCAUUAAUCCAUUUUGUAUUAGGAUGCACAGAUCGCAUAUGGAAAAGAAAAGGUAUACAUCGUUUAAUUCAUGCGAAUUUUGUUCAAGAAAUUCAACAAUAUCAACAGGAGAAUUUAACAAAAUUUUUAAUUUGGCAUGCAACAUUAACACCAUUUGUUACACGUUUUGUAGCAGAUUUCUACAUGGAUGUGCAACCAGUGGAUGACAAACAUGGUGGUUAUGAUCCGCGCUAUGUUCCUGUAAUAGAACAAAUUCAGAAAAAAAUGAACUGGCAAUUGGAUGAUAGACGAAAUAUGAAUAAAAAUAAACAUCCAUUCGUACUAUACGGUAUUUCAAAAAAUGUAUUUUAUACUGAUGAAGAAUUAGAACGUAUUCAACAAUUUAAAUCGAAUUCAAAAGAUCGUUACAAUUUAUUUGAUCGUUUUCAACUUGAUAUACGAAACGGGGACCGAAUUCUCUAUUUAUCAAGAGUUACAGAUAAAAAAAUAGAAUUUAUACCAAAUUUAGAUAAAAAUAUAUGA